GCCGCCACAAGUAGACAACAGACAAACACUGCUAUUUUGCAUUCAUUUAUUAUUUUUGUUUUUACAAUUGCUUAAACAAAACAAAACAAUAACAAAAAGCCAAACAAACAAAUAAAAAACAAAACACCCGCAAUAAUAAAGUCAUAAAAAAGACGUUAGAAUAAAACAAAAAUCAUAUAAAAAUUAUUAAAACCAAAAGAUCUACCUCAUUUUUAGUAAAAUUAUUAAUUAAAACAGUACAAAAGAAAAAUCAGUGAAAUCUACAAAAGAAACGUCAAAGUAAAAAUUUACCAUCAAAACGACACAACAAGAAAAGAAAAGCCAAUGAAAAAUUUGGAAAAAUUUGCGCGGAAAUUGUUAUGGAAAUUAUUUGCCAAUAUCUAAAUAAAAUGUAACGUAUUUAAAUUAAGUGUAUGAGUGAGUGAGUGAUGAUAAAAAGAGAGAGUAACUGAACGAUAUAUGAUUUAUUUCUGUGAUGUAUUAAUUAAAACGUCAUAUUGUUAAUGUUGUUGGGGUAGGAGUUCAUUGUUUAUAUCAGUAGUUUAUAUGUGUGUGUGUGUAUGUUGGGCCUUUAAGUAUAUGAAUGAUUUUCGAGUGGGUACCCAAACAGCAAGAACAACAAAAAUUGUUAAACCAACUUCAACUCAAAUAAAAACUCAAGAUUACCAGCAGCAACAGCAAAAUCUAAACCAUCACCACCAUCCCAAAUACAAGAUGCCCAUUAAUAAAGUUGUAAUUUUACGUCACGGUGAGAGCGAAUUUAACAAAUUGAAUUUAUUUUGCGGUUGGCAUGAUGCACCACUAACGGAAAAAGGUCUUGAAGAUGCUUUAAAAAUCGCCGUAACCGGUCUACGUCUUCAUAAUAUGCAAUUUGAUUUCAUUUACACUUCCCUGCUGCAAAGGGCCCAUCAGACUGUCAAUGUGAUUAAAAAGGAAAUGAAUUAUGAGAAUGUUCCCGUCAUUUAUGAUUGGCGUUUGAAUGAACGUCAUUAUGGUAAUUUAACUGGAUUUAAUAAACGUCAAGUGGCCAAUAAAUAUGGUGAAGAAAAGGUACAAAUCUGGCGUCGCUCAUUUGAUGUCUUACCCCCACCGAUAACACCCGACAAUCCCUAUUACGAUAAAAUACGCAACAAUCCUAAAUUUAAAGAUAUACCAAAAGACCAAUUUCCCGAUAAUGAAUCACUAAAAACGCUAAUGGUACGCACAGUACCACUGUGGGAAAAUGAAAUAAUGCCAAAAGUAUUAAAGGGACAAAAAGUGCUGAUAGUGGCUCAUGGAACGGUAGUAAGAGCUCUAAUGAAAUAUAUAGAAGAUAUAAGCGAUGAGGAUAUAAUGAAAUUAAAUAUUCCCAAUAGUGUACCCUGUGUCUAUCAAUACGACAUGGAAUUGGGCAUGCGUGUGGAUAAUGUCCAGUAUUUGGCUGAUGACGAUUAUGUAAAAACGGAAAGCGCCAAAGUAGCUUCUAUAGGCAAUUAAAUGAAACACACAAAUAGAAGUAAUCUAAUAUCUACAAUAAUACCAACGGACUGAUAUUUUACAAAAAAAAACAAUUGUUUCAUAGUUUAGAUUUGUAUUUGAGAAAAUUAUGAGGAAUUUAUGAAAUUCUGUUUGGGGGUUUUGUAAUACAAAUUUUAAAUGCGCAUAAAAUGUAAUUAUCAUUAGAGUGUUUAAUCUUUUUUUUUGUAAAUUUAUUAUAAAUAAAAUUAAUUUAUUGU